CGUUAAUCGUCAUCGCUCCGCCGCGUCUUUGAUGAACUCGUCGCCGCCGUCCAGCGCGCCAGCCAAGCGCAGGAAGAAGCAGCCCAAGUCGUGCCGCCUCGUCCGCCUCCCCACCUCGGUCGUCCGCCUCAUCUUCAGUCACCUGGAGGACCUCCCGCUCGACCAGAUCUGCAUUUGUCGGGCCCUUCAUCCUUUCCUCCUCGAUCGGCUGUACAGCCUGGUCGGCCUCAGCACAGUGCGCAAGAUCCGGUCGUUCGCGUCGGCCCUCGCCCACCAUCCAGAGCGCGCCCGGCUCGUCAUCACCCUCAGGCUGUACGAGAAGGCCUUCACGAGCGGAAAGGACACGGUCAUCGAUCUCCAGUGCGGCGACAAGGGCGCCGGGCAGCUACACGACUUCGCGACAGCGCCAUCGUGCGAGGACGUCAUCGGUAUCGGCCUGCUCAAAGACAUCAUCUGCCGUUUGCCUGUCGUCCACCUCCUCGUCAUCUGGGGCGACCAGCUCGCGAGCCACCUCUUCUCGCCCGACACCGUCGCCCAGCCCAAUUUUCCCCGACUGCGCCACCUCUUCAUCGUCUGUGAAGUCAACCCGCAUAACGCGAGUGCCCCGGACUUGUGGCGUCAUCUCGGCAGUCUCUCGAGCCUGGAUCUCCUCAUCGUGCACCACUUGAACUCGUCGGCCGCCGGCGACGUGCUCAACCUCGACACGGCGACGCACGUCGCGCCGAGGUCCAUCCUCGUCAAGCACCUCAUCGUCAAGAAGGCCCUGUCCCUCGGGCCAGGCUUCCGCCGCAUCCUCCAGAGCCUUGCCGUCGGCCUGAGGGAGGUCGAGAUCGAUGGCUGGGUCGUCUACCCGUCGCUCCUCGACGACCUCGCUCUGCUGCCACCGACGGUCGAGCGCCUCGAGAUUUCGCUCGGGCAGGCCGGCUGUGCGCCGCCGGAUACCGCCGCCGACGUGGCGUUCCGCAAGGGCAUGAGCAUCAUGGACCGUGCGCGGCGCGACGACCUCGGCCUCUCGACUCGCCCGCUCUCGACAAGCCUCGCCUCGCUCCCGAACCUCGUCACCGUCAUCUUGCAGGGCGACAUCGUCUCGUCGGCCACCUUCGAGUACCUCGCCGACCUCGAGCACCUCAAGUGGCUCCGCCUCGGGACCCACACGCGCUUCUCGACCGACGACGUCGUCGACUUUGUGUGGGCCGCCCCCGCGCUCUAG